GACCGUACUUUUAUUAGUCUAAUAACCAAAGAGCUCAUAAGUGGAAUACGUAAGGUCCCCGAGCAUAAAAGUAAAGCGGAAUCAAGCCAAGCAUUGAUGGACAAUCUAAGGUCGAAAUCCCAUUUGUACAAUGUGAUACGAGCUAUCCAAGUAGUCUCUUUUGGUCCCGAAUCUAUUGUCAUACUCAUGUUACAACAAAGGAUUCCAAAUGUUAUCAUUAAACUGUUUCGUUCAUUCAUUGAUUUAUCGCCAAAUUAUUACCAGAUUCAAUACGAGGAUGAUAUGGAAUUAGCCACGAUUUCAGAUACAGGGGAUAUUAUAGCAGGUAUUUUGAAGCAAUUUGUUCAGAAUCAUUCUGUAUUGCAUCGAAUGAUUACAGAAGACACGUUUUUUAUGAUCAUACGUAUUAUGUCUGCCAAACCUGUAGAAUCAGUUCCACAAGACGCCGAGCCAGCCUACAUGAUUUGGAAAUACAGAACUGUCGAUAUUUUAAAAUCAGUUGAUAUGAAUGGAGAAGUCGUACAGUAUCUUCACAGUCGUCGAUGUAUUGAUUUGAUGGUUCGAACUUGGAAAGAAUACAUUACAAAAGGAUAUUUGACAUUUGUGGAUCACAGAGAAAUAUUGCUGGGCUUAGAUUUACUGUACUACCAAUUUCGUGGUUCUGCAAAAAUACAAUUUCAUGGUCUUUUUGAAGAAAUGAGUCAGGCUUGCGGUUAUGAGGAACUAUGCAAAACUUAUGGAAAUUUCCUAUGUUGGAAAGAUUACCCCCAUCCCAUCUAUGUCUGAUGGACUUCCAUACCAACAUGAAGACUUCUCAACCCCUCAGCCAAAGGGUCUUACAGGUAAUUUAUUAAAUUUGCCUUUUCCUGAACAGUGUUAAUUUGUGUCAUUUUUUUUAUAGACAAAAUAGUCAAGAAUAUCCAAGCUUUUCAAUGUUUAUUGGCUUC